AAAAAAAAAAAAAAAAAAAAAUCAGCCCAUCUUUUUUCUUUCUUUAUUUUUUUGAGUUUUUAAGUCCUUUUUGGGCUGAAAACCCUAAACAGAAAAACCCUUAUUGCCAUUUUCCUCUCCCUUUUCAAGAAACAUCCAUAACAAUAUUCAAAGAAAUAUUGAAAGAAUCAAUGGCAGGUGGAUCAGAAGUGGCUGUAGCUAAUUUAUCUUGUGCUAAAUGUAGCAAGCCUGCUCAUCUUCAGUGUCCUAAGUGCGUGGAGUUAAAGCUUCCUCGUGAAGGAGCUGCUUUCUGCACGCAGGAUUGUUUCAAGGCAUCUUGGAGUUCUCACAAGUCUGUCCACUUGAAGGCAAAAUCAUCUUCUCUGGCAACUGAAGCUCCAGGAGAACAAAAUGCAGCCUCACCUAGCGAUGGUUGGCUAUAUUGCUUGAGGAAAGGACAAGCUCGAACACCUAAAAUUCCAUAUUUUGACUGGACUGGGACGCUAAAGCCCUAUCCUAUAUCAAAAAAGCGUGCUGUACCUGCUCACAUUGAUCUACCUGAUUGGGCAAAUGAUGGUAUCCCAAAAAUUGAACCCAAUAGUGAUUUUCAGCAUGUCGUUGAGAUCAAACCUCCAGAGCUGAUUGAGAGAAUGAGAGAAACUUGCCGAAUAGGAAGGGAAGUUUUGGAUGCAGCUGCUCGUAUUAUUCGACCUGGCGUGACUACUGAUGAAAUUGAUGCAGUGGUCCACGAGGCUACCGUUGCUGCUGGUGGAUAUCCAUCUCCCCUAAAUUAUCAUUUUUUCCCCAAGUCAUGCUGCACGUCAGUCAAUGAAGUGAUCUGCCAUGGGAUUCCAGAUGCAAGGAAAUUGGAGGAUGGCGAUAUUGUAAAUGUUGAUGUUACUGUAUAUUACAAAGGGGUUCAUGGUGAUCUGAAUGAAACCUUCUUUGUGGGUAAUGUUGAUGAAGCAUCUCAACGGUUAGUGCAGUGCACAUAUGAGUGUUUGGAGAAAGCAAUAUCAAUUGUUAAGCCUGGGGUACGGUUUCGGGAAAUUGGAGAGGUUAUCAACCGACAUGCUUCUAUGUCUGGAUUUUCUGUGGUGAAGUCAUAUUGUGGUCAUGGCAUUGGAGAACUUUUCCAUUGUGCCCCAAAUAUUCCACAUUAUUCAAGAAAUAAAGCAGUUGGUGUGAUGAAAGCUGGCCAAACUUUUACAAUUGAGCCUAUGAUUAAUGCCGGUGUUUGGCGUGAUCGGAUGUGGCCUGAUGGAUGGACUGCUGUGACAGCAGAUGGAAAACGAAGUGCUCAGUUUGAACACACUCUCCUGGUCACAGAGACUGGAGUUGAAGUACUCACAGCACGCCUGCCGACAUCUCCCAAGGUGUUCCCUUGGUUGAGUUCUUGAUUUGUCUUUUGCCUGUCAUAAAAAGAGUUUCAAGUGAUAUUAGUCUAUUUAUGUGUAACAGAUGUAUUUUUUAAUUGGUUAACUUUUGAAAUUUUGGUCUCAAACUGGAUGAACAAAAUCAGCCUUUUAUUGAUUCAGGUGCUAUAAUGAAAAGCUGAAGCCUUUGGAUA